CGGUAUAUAUUUGCUUGGUACCCUUCGACCUUUGAUAAUUCCCGGGCCAGGCAGUGAGCCCACUGCUUCAUCUCUCACCGUGACCAUCCCUUACCGACUCAUUGAGUCCUGACGCGACAACAUGGGGAAUAACGUCAGUCAGCAGUCAGAAAAGCGCAAAGCAAGACAUGCGCAAACCCUCAGUCCGCCCCAAAAGUCCUCACAGCGGUUUUCGACUUCCUCGUUGGCAGCGUCGGUGGGAUUAAGCAAGCGCUCGCCACGGCAAAAUUCUUCGGUCCCAUCAUUGUCCCCACCGACCAUUUUUGCUGUGCCGGAGCCAUUGCCACAGCCGGAACCAGAGCAGGACAGCAAGCCGUCAACGCCGCCACCGCCCCCGCCAGAAAAGGAAAGCAUACCGGAGCCUGUUAUUGAGGGCUCUUACGCUCAAGGAGCAAUCAUGUCGUCUCAAUCUGCUACCGUUCCUUGCCAGUAUCGCACAGGUCGUACACUUGGAAGCGGCACAUAUGCUAUCGUUAAAGAGGCCAUACACAUCAAGACAGGCAAAUACUAUGCUUGCAAAGUCAUUAACAAGAAGCUCAUGGAGGGGAGGGAGCACAUGGUCCGCAAUGAGAUCGCAGUAUUGAAGAGGAUAUCGAGUGGUCACCCGAAUAUUGUGACACUGCACGACUACUUCGAGACAUCACACAACCUCUACCUCUGCUUCGAUCUCUGCACCGGUGGUGAACUCUUCGAUAGCAUAUGUGCUAGGGGACAAUACACUGAGGCUGACGCGGCUGGGCUCGUCCGCACCAUAUUUCAGGCAGUCAAAUAUAUCCAUGACUGCGGGAUCGUACAUCGCGAUCUCAAGCCGGAGAACUUGCUCUUCCGGUCGAAGCCCGAGAAGACUUCGGAAAUCAUGAUCGCAGACUUCGGUCUUAGUCGAGUCAUGGAGGAGAACAAGUUGAGCAUGCUGAAGGAAGUUUGCGGCACGCCUGGGUACAUGGCGCCUGAGAUCUUCCAAAAGACGGGUCAUGGAAAACCUGUCGACGUCUGGGCCAUGGGUGUAAUCACGUAUUUCCUGCUCGCUGGUUAUACCCCUUUCGAUCGCGACACCCAACGACAAGAGAUGGAAGCCAUUAUUGCUGGAGAUUACAAGUUCGAGCCCGAUGAAUAUUGGUCUAUUGUCUCUGAUACUGCCCGGGACUUCGUUGCUACUUGCCUGACUACCGAUCCCGAGAAACGUCCGACUGCGGCACAGAUGCUUGAGCACCAUUGGCUCGCAUCCGAGGUACCUCACUUCGUCGAGAACGAGACGGGUGAGCCAAGAGACUUGUUGCCACACGUCAGGAAGGCGUUCGAUGCGAAGAAGACAUUCCGAAAAGCCGUGUUUGGCAUGAUGGCGAUGAAGCGCAUGUCGACGCUCGCCCAUCACAUGUCGCCAGAGGCGCAUAAGCUAAACGAAGAUUUGUACCAGUUCAAGCAAGAGUCCGAAAAGGAAGUACUUGAGGACAUACAAGUCGUCCACCAUCACAACGCCGACGAAGAGCGAUCGCUCAAGUCCCAUGACGAUAUCUCCAUUGCAAAGGGUCCAAAUGGAAAAGUGGCGCACGGGACCGACGUUAGUGAGAAGCUCGCUGCUGUGAGCCUGGCUGCGAAGUCAGGUGGCAACCCUAAGAGCGUUUGAUGCACGAGCGCUAGCCUCGACAUCGACUACAGUGAUGGAAUUACUAUGCUGAUAUAUGUGGAGGAUGCACGCUCUUUUUCUUUGAUCUCUAUCAUGUACUUGUUAUCGAUACCUGACAUCGCACACAUUAAUUACUAUUUCUUCUGGAAAUGCUCUUAUGUCUCGAGGGAGUGGAGUCGUGGAAGAUGUAUCUCCGUUGACAGUCGUUUGAGUACCUUGUAUAUUGUUGAAGGUUCCGCGGAAAUGGUUGUGGUCAUUAGUAGCUAAGUAGAACUAUUUGGACUUUCUAUGUGGACUGCAUGCAAGCUGGUUCUGUACAUGCAGUCUCGUCAGUUGUGCAUUUUGAGUCAAUGGAAUACUCAUCGAUCAAGUGCGCGACUGCACUGGGACCGUACCAUGCAGAAAUAUCAGAUGGUGUCGUCUCGCACAACGUGCGAUGUGCAAAA